AUGGUAAGAUUGAAAGAAAGGUUCCAGGCUUUUGUGAAUAACAGAUGGCUGGUUUUUGUGGCCGCAAUGUGGAUACAAUCUUGUGCUGGGAUUGGGUAUUUGUUUGGUAGCAUAUCACCUGUGAUAAAGAGUUCUUUGAAUUAUAAUCAAAGGCAGCUUGCAAAGUUAGGUGUGGCUAAAGAUCUUGGUGAUAGUGUUGGGUUCUUAGCUGGGAGCUUGUCUGAGAUUUUGCCUCUAUGGGGUGCUUUGCUCGUUGGUGCUGUGCAGAACCUUGUUGGUUAUGGUUGGGUUUGGUUGAUUGUUACUGGGAGAGUUUCAGUUUUGCCUUUGUGGGCUAUGUGCAUCUUAAUAUUUGUGGGAAACAAUGGUGAAACCUACUUCAAUACAGCUGCUCUGGUUUCUUGUGUGCAAAACUUUCCCAAAAGCAGGGGUCCUGUGGUAGGAAUACUCAAGGGCUUUGCUGGUUUGAGUGGUGCAAUUUUGACUCAGAUAUACACAAUGAUUAAUUUCCCAGAUCACGCGUCUUUAAUAUUCAUGGUUGCAGUUGGCCCAGCAAUGGUGGUUAUUGCUCUAAUGUUCAUUAUCAGACCUGUUGGAGGUCACAGACAAGUGCGGCCUUCUGAUGGUUUAAGUUUUACAUUUAUUUAUAGUGUGUGCCUCCUAUUGGCUGCUUACUUGAUGGGGGUCAUGCUUCUGGAAGAUCUUGUUGAUGUGAGCCACAUUUUGGUCACAAUUUUUACAGUGAUUUUGUUCGUUCUUCUUGUCAUUCCCAUAGCUAUUCCCAUUAUAUUGAGUUUCUGCGGAGAGUCUAGAGAUCCAGCAGAAGAGGCUCUUCUACCAAAGCCAGAGCAACAAGAAGCAGGAAAAUCUGAACAUGAUGCUAAUGAAGUAAUAUUCAGUGAGGUUGAAGACGAGAAACCCAAGGAAGUAGACUUGCUUCCAGCAUCAGAAAGGCAAAAGCGAAUUGCUCAAUUGCAAGCAAAACUGUUUCAAGCUGCUGCUGAAGGAGCAGUGAGGGUGAAGAGAAGGAGAGGUCCUCAUAGAGGGGAAGACUUUACCUUAAUGCAGGCUUUGAUCAAAGCAGACUUUUGGCUUAUAUUUUUCUCUCUUCUAUUAGGUUCAGGAUCAGGGUUGACAGUGAUAGAUAAUCUUGGUCAGAUGAGCCAAUCUCUAGGGUAUAAUAACACUCAUAUAUUUGUAUCCAUGAUUAGCAUUUGGAACUUUCUUGGUCGUGUUGGUGGAGGUUACUUCUCAGAGAUCAUUGUGAGGGAUUACGCUUAUCCAAGGCCAGUAUCUAUUGCUGUGGCCCAGCUUGUUAUGUCUGUUGGUCAUGUCUUCUUUGCUAUGGGAUGGCCUGGAGCAAUAUACAUUGGUACUCUGUUGAUUGGGCUUGGCUAUGGUGCCCACUGGGCAAUUGUGCCGGCUGCUGCCUCCGAGUUGUUUGGCUUGAAAAAGUUUGGGGCCCUCUACAAUUUCCUCACGCUGGGAAAUCCUGCAGGUUCACUUGUCUUCUCAGGUGUAAUUGCUAGCAGUAUUUAUGACCGUGAAGCAGAGAAGCAAGCUCAGCAACAUCAUAUCCAGCCUCCAGUUUCAGGAUCGAUUUUCUCAGGGAUGUUUGCCCAGGAUGAACCACUCAAGUGUGAAGGUUCUGUGUGCUUCUUUCUGACUUCCAUGAUUAUGUCAGGAUUUUGUGUCGUUGCAGCUGUUUUAAGUAUGAUACUUGUGUAUCGUACUAAGCCUGUUUAUGCCCACCUUUAUGGAAAAUCUCGCACUUGACUUCUAGGGUGAGAACUAGGAGGAACUUUCAUGAGUAUUUCAUCCAUUUAACGGGGGUGUUUUUGCCAAAAACUGAGAUUGUAUGUGUUUGCCUUAAAUUUGUGAUAAUAGUAUUGCCAUAAAGAUAUUGGUGCGGAGCAUGUUCCAAUACUAAAACAAGUUUAGAUUAUAUUCUUUGCUUCGUAAUCUAGUUUAGUGAUACCAUCUUUAAUUGUGAAAGAUUCUGCUUUGAGUGUUCAAGUUCUUUACAUUUUCUCACUUCUUAUAUGAACUGAGUUUGAUUUUGUUGA